CAAGUGUAAGCGUGUCACUGAAAAAAGAGCACUAGUAGACUCCACCACUCCUACAAAGUGUUUCAACUUGCAGAGACACAGAGAGAGAGAGAGAGAGAGAGAGCACAGAUGGGAAGGAGGCCAUGCUGUGCCAAAGAAGGUCUAAACAGGGGAGCAUGGUCUGCUCGGGAAGAUAAAAUCCUUACCAACUACAUCAAAAUCCACGGCGAAGGGAAAUGGAGAGACCUGCCUCAAAGAGCUGGGCUGAAGCGAUGUGGAAAGAGUUGCCGGCUUCGAUGGUUGAAUUAUCUAAGGCCAGAUAUCAAGAGAGGCAACAUUUCCAUGGAAGAAGAAGAGCUCAUUAUCAGACUACAUAAGCUCCUUGGUAACAGAUGGUCACUCAUCGCCGGGAGGUUACCGGGGAGAACAGACAAUGAAAUCAAGAAUUACUGGAACACCAAUUUAGGCAAGAGGGUGCAUGGUGACAAGAUUCAUGAUUCUAAUAAACAAUGUAGUAAAUUAGAAAGGAAGGGAAGUAUGGAGUCGAAUACAGGAAUAAAACCUGAAACUCACCCAGCAGUGAUUCGGACCAAAGCAGUAAGGUGCACCAAGGUUAUCAUCCCAUGGCAACUAGAUAAUCAGAUGGCCAAUAAAAAUUUACUGCCCGUUUGGGAUUGUGACAGCCCCUGCUGUUCACCUCAGCAGGAGGAUAAUUCCUGCGGUUUUCUCAAGGAUUUUGAUAUUAAUGAGCUUUUGAUAUCGGGCGUGCUAUAUUCGGAUCAAGAUAAAGAAAUCAAUGAGUGUGAGAUUCUGGUGGAUGGAGACGUGCAAUCCAAGAACAUGUCCAGUUCAUGUCCUGAACAUUUUCCACUACUGUCUAGAGAUGAAGCCAAGCUUGAAGACUCCAUGGAUGAAGCUGCAAUAAGGCCCCAGAAUUGGAGGGCCAGUACUGACCCUUUUCAACCAAAUGAUGCUUUGGAUCUCACCACAUUGGCAUCUUUUCUAAAUUCGGAAGAUGAAUGGAUUAGCUGAAACCAAACCCCACUGCAUAAUUAAGCCCACCUGUACCAUGAAUAAUUUGUUGUCAUUUGUUGCAACAUGCAUGUCUUGUCACCCAAAUUAUGGUUAAUUUCCAAUAAGAAAUGAACAGCUGGUUUAGGUUUUAAUCAUUUCGUGUAGUACAGAGGCAAAUUGUGUGGCCCAGAUUAGACUGAUGUACCAGCAGUGUAUCCCUUUUGUUAUAUAUUUAAUGCUUUAACAAGAAAGUGAAAAUACUUGGACCAAAAA